AUGUUUAAUUCAUACCAAUCUCAAGAAAGCUAAGAAGGAAAGCAACAUUGGUCCUGCGAGGUUCACUUCAGAGACAAACUAUUUCUACUCUCGUUUGACUUGAUAGAUCUUAACACGUUCUACAACUUCGUUAUUUACAGCAUGUUCCUCAUUCUAGAUUUUGUGUUCAUUGCAUACUAUCCUCUCAACCAAAUGUAUCAAGACUAGAUAAUCUAAAAAGUAGAUGUAAUUAAUAUUAGUGGUUAACCAGGAACAGCAACAUAUAUCUUAGCAACAAAAUCAGUGGAUCUUUACAAGAAAACUUUUGAUGGCGAGUACACAGAUACCUGGGUGCCCAACUUGGUUAAAUUCAUGGGAAUUGAUUACUUUUUGGACUAAACUAAAUUUAAGGAUUUCAUCAGUGCUCAAUAGCUUGUUUGCCAUUUUCUCAAUGUGAUCUUUAUCUUGUUUCUAGCCAUGAUUUUCACGAGAGAGCUAGGCACGAUUAAUCUAUCCAGUCAGAGGAAGGUAAUAACCAAGAUUUUUGCCUUUCUGAUAGUUACACUUACUAAGACAUUGUAAGUACCGUUGCUGACGUUUAUGUUUAAAAUAUACUCUUGUGAUGAUCACGCCUAGUCGAUUGAGGAUAACUAUUACUAUGAAACAGGCUUUUGCUAUAAAGAAAGCCAUAUGAAUUAAGUGAUAUUUGCCACAGUUAUGAUGAUAUUUUAUUAUAUGCUUGUGAUGUAUUUCUAGUAUUUUUUGACUUUGUCUUAUCCACAUGAGAAAAUACCUUGGGCAUGCUUGCCAACUAAGAUUCCAAUUAUAAUUGAGCUUUUGAAAUUUCUCAUUGUAUUUAGUUAUCAGGAGAAAAAUUUGUGCCAAAAUGCUCUCAGUUAUUUAAAUAUUAUUUUUGCAUUUACAUGGUUAGGAAUCCUAUAUAAAAGGCUUUUGAAUGUAUUAAUAUUUCAUACUACGGUAUAUUUUAUCACAAUUUGCGGUGAGGCAGUAAUGUUCGUCUUAUUUGGCUUUUCAGCUUUAAGAGAUUUUGUGACAAUUGAUAGAAAUUUCAUCUUGCAUUUGGUAUUGAUUAUUUCCUGUGUUGCUUUUGCUAGUACUUGCGUGAUACUCAGAGAUAGAAUAAGAUAUAAUUUUUUGAGUAAGGUUGAUUUUGCCUUAUAUGAUAAGGACUUUGAAGCUUUGAUUAUGAUGUUUACUUUGCAUGAGCUUAUUGAGAGAUCAGCUUAUGAUGACAAACAAGACUUCAUUUUAAGAGGGUUUAUUGAAAGACAUAUCGAGAUAUGUGAGUAUCCUUCAUGCUCAUGUAUAAAGUUCUAUUAGAUCUGCAAUUAGACCUAUAGAUUGGAGUUAGCUUAGAUGUCUCCGUUCUCAAAGAACUACGAUUCUAGUACUAUGAACUAGAAUACUAAUAACCAGACAACAAACCACUCUUAUUCUCAGAGAGCAGAGUCUGAUGUCGAUGAUCUCUCAACCCUAAAGGUAUUCUAUGGAAGCAAGAAAAGCCAGAAAAAGCAAAAUAAGAGCAAGGGCAAGUUCCUUAAGAAAUUCUUGAUAGAUAAUAUCAAUGUAUUUUUGGAUGCAUUUCCCAACUCUGUAAAACUUCAUAUUAUGGCUGCAUUCAUCUACUUCUCAAUUUUCAAAAAUUCAUUCAAGGGUCUGUAUGAACUUAGCUUUACUAAGUCCAUAAAAUCAUCUCUGUAAGAUCAAUAUGAAUGCUUCGUCCUUUCAAGUUAAAUAAUUGCUUACUUCUAGUCUCGAGCUUCACAAGGAAUGAGCAACUAGCCAGUUUAGUUUGAAAAAUCAAAAGAUGAUAAAAAAUAGAAAAAGUAGCUGGAAUUUAAUGCUUCUAAUUUCGAUGUAGAGACAGAAAUUAAGUCUGUAAUAGAAUUCGAAAAGAUCAAUAUCAAAUUCUAGAAAAUGAUUGAAGUCGCUAGUAUAUAAACUAGAGAAUUUUGGGAGGAAAUUCUAAAGAAAAACAUUGAUGUUAGAAAGAUAUUUGAUCUUGGGGCAAAGAUAUACAAGAGUUUUAUAGAUAUCAAGAAGAAGUACAAGAAUCUCAUGCAGAUGAACAAUAACUAUCUAGAGGUUGCUUAUCUAUACAAACUUUUCGUGAGCUUGAUUCUAAACUUUGAAAUAGAAGUAGAGGAUGCUAAACUUGAAAUAGUAAAAAUCAUGUAGUCCAAGUCAAUGAAAAAACAUAAUCUCAAGGCUGAGUAUAAAAGCAUUUAGCUCCUGGAUGAAAACGGCAUGAUCAUUAUCUCAGGCAACACUAACAACUUUGCAAAAAUAUUAGCUAUGAACAACAAGGCCGAGAGAAUAUUCGGCUAUCUUACAAAUGAAUUAAUUAGCAUGAGACUCAAUAGAUUGAUGCCUGCUUUGUUUGCUGAAAAUCAUGAGGCUUUUAUUCUGAACUUUGUCAAUGGAAACAGAAAGAUCAAUAAAGAGAAUCACAACUUCGUCUGGGGCAAACAUAAGUCUGGCUUCAUUGUCCCUCUUAUCAUGGAUAUCAAUGCCUAUGUGAAUUUUGAGUUCAACUUUUGCUUUAUUGCCUUCCUGAAGAGGAGUGUUUUGCUUGAAUUCAAACCUAUGAGAGAAUUACUUGAGUAUCAAGAUGUAUUCGUUUUGCAAACUAAUUAAUUGGGAGUAAUUUAGGAUAUGACUCAAAAUAUGCAGGAGUAUUUAAAUUUUCCCAUUCAGGCUUUAUUAAAAGACAUUCAUGUAGAGACAAUGUUCAAAAAUAUUUUUGAAGAUGAAUCAGAACCAGCUUUUAUGGCUGGUAAAAGGCUUGAGUUUGAUCCAUAGUUAGUGAAAAGGAUCCUAGAGGAAGAGGACAUAGAUAUUAAAGAUAAUGAAAGUGAUGGUGGGACUAACUAUAACAUGAGUGAGAAAAAAUGUACUGCAAUAGUCUGGCUAAAGACUUUUGAAUAUGACUAUCAAGAUGUUAAGCUAGCUUACAAAGAGAUUUGGUUUGUACUGACAGACGACGAUGCGAGUUUCUUAGAUACAAAGAAUACUACUGAAUAUAUGACGGCUAUGGGAGAUGAUGGGCCUAAAGUCAAUGUAACUUACACUGAUGAUAGAGAGGAGAUUUGUUCUAUUGCCUCUGUUUCUUCACUCGCUAAUUAUGAUAAGAAUAGAAAGAAUAUUCUAAAUAAACUUUCUGAAAUAAAAACCUAAACCAUAGAUGAUUCCAAACCACGAUAAAUUGAUCUACUCUAGAAAGCAAUAGUUGUAGUUUUCUUAGCUGUGAUUGGAAUAGCUAUGCUUCUGCUAAUUGUCAGUCUUGAUAGGAAUCAAGGUUUCUUUGAGAAUAUGGAUAUUAUUAAAAGAUCCAAGGAAUCUGUUAUAUAUUUCUCUCAACUAAGAACCAUGAUGAGCACUUUAUCCUUUUAUGCUAAUAGUGUAUACUCUUAUAAAACAGACCCUGUACUUAAGGAUUUACAGCCUUACUUGCUUGAUAAAAUAGAUACCCAGAUUGAAUCUUUGAGAAUAUCGCAAUCUUACAUGAAUUUUGUAGAAUUUACCUACUCUGAUGAAACUAUUAAUUACAAGAAAAGUAUAACCAAUAACUAUCUAGAAAUUAGGUCAAAAACAGUAAUUGAUAAAAAGUCAAUAGCAAUGAUGCAGGGCGUUUAGGAGUUGCUAGAAUCUGCUGAUACCUUGGCAUCUUAUGUUUCUCCAAAUUUUACAUUCGAUGCAAAUAUUCUAAACUAUGAUAAUACUAACUCUUCAUUAUAUAAAGGACCGCCUGUAUCCGAUGUAAGCAUUGAUGUUUAUCAAGUCCUUAAGAACUCACAUGGUUCUAUGUCGAAUUAUCUAUUCAUUAUGUCUGAGAAAUAUAUUAGCGAUGCAGUUUUUGAAGCCAACAACAAUUCAUCACUUGUAUUAAUACUGACAAUAGUCUCCAUAACUAUCACAUUCCUUACAGCUUUUGUGAUAAUUCCAAUACUUCAUAAGAUUGAAAGAUCAAAGGAGAAGGUACUUAUGAUAUACACAGAACUUAAAAAGGAGUAAAUAGAGUCUCUAAACCGAAAUAUCAAAGUGUUCUUUAUGAAACUUUAGCAAAGUACAAACUCUCUUGGAGGAAGUUUAUUAUAUCAAAACUCUUCUAAGUAGUUCUCUGGAAAGUUGGUUACAAGAAAAUUCACCACAAUGUCUGGUAGAAAAUAAGAUGAUCCUAAUUCUGACUUCGGCUUCUUGCUAAGAAGGGCUGCUCCUAUAGGUGAAAAUGAGCAAGAAUAGGAUUUGAACGAUGGAGGCACUCCUAAUAAUUAACAAAUUGGAGAGACUAAAAAUGUAAAGUCUCAUUUUCCUCUUUUGUUCAACAGAAGUGAGGGUCCAUCAAAUAAUAAGAAUAACCAGAAAGAUAAUAAAUCUAAUAACAGCCAUAAACAGAAGGGCAAAAAGAAAGGUGUAAUUAAAUUAGGGAAUCGAGUUAAAAAUACCAUGAAAAAGCCAGAAGGAGGAGGUCAUAAAGGGGCUAAGUAGUCUCAAGAAGAUGAAUCAGAGAUUGAUAAGUCAGCAGAUGAAGAAGAUGUAAUUAAUCACUAAAAGAACAAUCAGCAAGAAAAUCAUGAUGAAGAUGACUCAGAUUUGAGUGAAAACGCCGAGGAAGACAAAAAGGCUCAAAUGCUCAUGAGCAAAGAGGAGUAGGAAAAUGCAUUGUUCAAAAGAAUAUUCUAAAAUAAGAUUAAGCAAAUGACUUGUAUGAAACAAGUAAAGUACUACCUACUAGUCAUGAGCAUAUGCCUAUUUAUGAGUGGAUAUUUUACUCUUAGUUACUUUAUGGUUACUAACAUCUUUAGUGAUAGCCAAAAAAGUUUAAGCAUAUUUGACAUAGUGGGUAACAGAGGACCAUAUUUAGAUUCACUCAUUAGUUUCUAUUUGCAAACUCUAUCUAGGGGCAGAGAAAUUUACAAUGAGCCAUAUAACUAAUCGUAAGCAAUGCAAAAUUCAAUUGAUUACUACUAUUAAAUGACAUAAGAAAAUGAAAAUGAAUAUAACACCCUCAGAAGAAGCAUGCCUAACAUUAUAGCAGGUGCAAGUUCCUUGAUUAGCGGCUUGGAGUCAUAGUAAAUGUGUGACUAUUUAGUAACAGAUGAAAUGGUGAAAACCUAUGGUAAUAAAGAUAACCAGAUUGAGCAAUGCAAGAAUGUAUCUAGCAAAAUACUUUAACUAGGUCUUACUUAGACAGUCAAUACAAUCCUGCAGAAUAUCUUGCAAGGUACCUUAUCUUUUAGAGCAAAUUAAACCUUGAAGUUUGAAAAGGAAUCUUAGCUAUUUUCAGUUAUAUAUGUUCGUAUUUAGUACCUGAAUCAUGUAGACCUUGAUCUGCUCAGUCUGGUUGAGUCCAGCAUCAAAGAUUAUUUCAUAACUCAGCAAACUAACUAUAUCAUUAUAUUUGCAAUAUUUGUGACCAUAGUCUUCAUAGCUAUGGUGUUGCUGAGUUACAAUGGAGUAGACUACCUAUUUAAAAACUUGAUUGCGAUUAAGUUUAUAUUGAAUUUUAUUCCCGGAUAAUGGCUUUUGGAUAAUAAUGCUGCUGAUGAUCUCAAGUAUAUUGAUUUCUGA